UUUGAGCCCGUAAUGUCUGAGUAUAUCAUGGUUCUUCGGUCUCCCAACAACAAACUGUGCUGUGCUUGUGGUUAGUCGAAAGUUAAAAUUUGCUCGUUCCGAUAGCUAGUUCCGAAACAUCAAUAAUUUUAACCAGUUCAUCCAACUUCAACAAAAUCAGUGGUUUGGAUGAGAACUUGACGAUCAUGCAACCGCGCUGAACAUUACGCGAAAAAUUCACGUCCAAAAAUCCUGAGCACCCGAAUGACGUCACCGCAAAGAUGGCCGACCAGCUUUACUUCCACCUCGCCGAUAACGACUGGGAGACGUUUGUCGAGAGGAUGGAUGCAUACUUCGUCGUCAAUGAUACGCCGUCCGAGAAACGCGUUCCAGAGUUACUGACCAAAAUAGACGCCGACGCCUACGAACUGAUCCGGAGACUUGCAACCCCAAGGAAACCGAAGGAUCUCCCCUAUGGCGAACUCGUGAAGCUCGUGUCAAGAAAUGUGCAUGUGCACCCCAACAAACUUUCCAACGUCAGCGAGAGAAUGAAGUUCUCCAGAAUAAAGCAGUAUCCGUAUGAGCCCGUUACGUCGUAUGUUACGCGCCUAAAGAACCGUUCUUUGAACUGCAAGUUUUCCGACCCGGACACAUCGCUGAGGGACCAAUUCGUCGCUGGGAUCUGGGACAAAGACACACAGGGUGUUCUCAUGAAACAGGAGGGGUUGACCUUCCAAGAUGCAGUCGAUCUUGCGCUGACGCAGGAAAAAGUAGCGUCGGAAAUUGAAGGUCAAGGGGAGAGGAAGGGGUAG